AUGGCUCAGGAUCAGAGCCCACUUGAGGGAGCUGAAGUAUCGGAAGGAACCUCCUCCGUGGAACUCGUUGACCGCGACCUGGGCUCGGAAUUCAUUGCUGCAAUUGUCAAUGAUUCUGCGGGGGAUGUGCAGAAGAUAAUUAGCGAUGGUGCUCUGAAUCAGCAGGACUGGACACCCCUCAUUCUCGCUGCGAGUUUGGGACGGGAUGAGAUCGUCCACUUAUUACUGCGCAGUCAUGCCGAUGUGGAUCAUACGACUAGCAUGGCAGAGACAGCCUUGCAUCACGCCGCUCUUGGGGGCCAUACCAAGAUUGCAUCGGCGCUCCUGGCAGAGCAUGCGGUGGUUGAUGCUCGUAAUUGCGAAGAUAUGACACCUUUGAUGUAUGCCUGUUGGGAGGGUCACCUUGAAUGUGUUCGAGUGUUGGUGAGCCACGGGGCCAAUAUCGAGAUCGUGCGACUUCUACUGCAGACCUCCGGCAUCCCGCGAUUAGACCGAAGGCGAAUGCUUAACACCCAAAAUCACGAGAAGAAGGCCACGCCCCUGAGAGAGAGUAUAUACUUGGGGGAUAAAGAAUGUACCAAUGAACUACUUGCCGACCCAGAUGUUGACAUGACCGUUGCCGACCACAAGGGUGACACGCCAAUGUCAGCGAGCGCAGCAAUCGGCGAUUUUCCGACCCUCUUGCAGAUAUUUCAGAUGCCAAUGUAUAGCAUCACCGAUCCGCUCGAGUCCUCUCCCCGCUUAGCGACGCCCCGCGAACUCAAACGAGCGGUAGUGAACGGCAGUCUGCCCUUGGCAAAGAAGUGCCUGGACACUCUGCCAAGCCUCGUUGACUAUGCGGGUUCCAUGCGAGCAACAUGGCUACAUAUUGCAUCGCGGUUUGAUCACGGCGAGUUGGCUAGAAACCUGAUCACGUAUGGAGUCGAUGUCUACGCCACCACAGAGCGUGGCAUGACUGCCCUUCAUCUGGCUUGUGUGGGAGGACAUAGCGUCACGGUGAGAUAUCUCCUGGAGCACCUCACAAGCCAGGCGGGGAAUCAGGCGCCAGGGCCGGGGGCUGCAACCCCGCGCGAAUGCGAUGCAGCGAGAUUGAUCAAGUUCAUCAUGGCAGAUGACAAGCUUGGAGAGUCCGCAAUCAGUCUAUCUGCGAAGGCCAAGGGUAGAGAUACCAGUGACAUACUGUGGGCGGAAAUCGAAACCUUUGCAAGCAACAGGGAGAAUUUGAAAAGCUUCUCUCACGCCGAUCUCGAGCGACUUAUGGAGCGUGCAGCCCAAUUUGAGGAACCUGGUAGUGAACGGAUACUUAGGGUCCUGUUGCAUCUUUUACAUCCAAAGACCGUCGAGAAAGAAACGGAAGUUGAUACGUCGAGCUGGACGACUUUGCACUCUGCUGUGCAAAGUGCCAGGCCGGAGCUGGUCUGGCCGCUGCUCUCGCACGGAGCACACUUGAAGAAGAAAGAGAUUAGUCAAGCUGUGCAGAUACUGGAAAGCAGGACCCGUAAUGGUUCUCAGUCCGAGGCCGAUUCGGUCAUUUCUCGUCUCCUUAAGAGCCCGCCACGGGUUAGCGCUCACGCGGCUAUUGAGGACGACUAUCACCAACCUGAGAAACCAAUUCUUAGGGAUGAGAGCAAGCAUUUCAUCGAAAACAACACUGGAAUCAUCGUGGAUCUCUUUGAUGGAGCGGGAUUUGUGAUAAACCGGAGAACCCUGAAGUCAAGGGAUUUUCGAUGGAUUCACGCCCCCGUCCACAAUAUGCAACUGGCCGAGGUAACUGCUCCAAUGAACAAAGCUGGAAGGACAACCCAAGGAGAAACUUCGAAUAUGACGGACCCUGCCGGUGAGGAUGAAGAAUCAGCAGCGCUUUAUAUCGGAGAGUUGAGUUCGAAGUCUGGUGGAAUCGAAGUUUCAUCUAAAGCAGCACCAUCGACCACAGAAUCAAAAGAGAAUGGACUCGCGUUGAAUGUUCAUGAGCGUAGGACUCUCGAUCAAUACCACUACAGCAUUGUGGCGGAUACCACAAUCCGAGACCGCGAACAGGUCCUUUCUCGAUACCUGGAAUGGCGAAACAGUGGAAACCAUCCGAUGACCCAUUCUCGCAAAGGGAAAACAGAAGUCGGGACUUCCAGCGGACUAUCUCGGAAGGUUCCAGUGCUUUCAGUCGAUCAGCUGUGGCUAUGGAUUGUUGAUGACGUUACCAUCGUGACUGCCAGCACAUGCGACUUUGAGUCCUUUGACGAUCUCGUUUUGGAAGAGCUGGUGUUCAGUGAGUCGCGGGGCAAGCAUCCUAGUCCGAGGACAGCUCCUGAAAUGAUGGAAACUAUUUUGAGAGUCAUCACGGGUCCGCAGAUGCAAAGUGUCAGCGUCAAAGGCAACCACAAUCUGAAGCAGCCCCUGGAGAUCUUUCGGGAUACAAUUCGACUCGUGGCCGAAGAGGAAACUAAAAUGACGAGGGCUUUCAUUGAAGAGGUCGCCGGGGCAUCGACUGGCGCCUGUCCUCUGCCCAGGCGGGACUUGGGCUUGGAGUUCCAAAUACUGUACGAGAUCAAGGACAUCCAGAAUGAGUUGGAUAUCCUUCUCGCACUGACCAAAACACAAGAGUCGGUGUGCUCUUCAAGCUACCUUGCCUCAAUGGAGGAUCUUGCACCCUCUAUGCGCGCUCUGCGCAUAGAGAUACAGGCCGUGCAGCGAGAGGCUCAAAGUACACGAGAAUCAAUCAACACACUUCUGGAUAUCCGCCAGAAACAUACAGGUAACCAAGACGCCGAUUUCGGACGACAGCAGGCUUAUACCACCAUGGUCUUCACUAUUGUUACGAUUGUAUUUCUUCCCCUCUCCUUUCUUACAUCCCUUUUUGCACUUAACGUCGCCGUCUUUCCGGAAUCCCCUUAUCCCAAUCAGUGGAUCUUUCCCAUUCUGCUCGGGUGUUCCGCCGCCUUUUCCAUUCCAGCGAUUGUGGUCGCUCUCAAUGUGAACGAGACGGUGAUGAAACCAUAUUAUCGCUGGCGCCUCUCAUCUCGGCCGGAGCGAGACCCAUGGGAAGGGCGUCGCCAGAGAAAGGAAGCCAAGGACGCGGACAAUUCACCACUGGAGGCCGUCCCUCAUGGUGGAGGAAUGUUGAGUAUCGUUACAGCUCUGCAAAGAAUGGGUCCAUCUGGAGGUACCUUGCUCGCUAGGAGAUUCAGAGAUAAGAAAAUCGGGGGCUCAGAGGGGCGAGACUACGACGCCGCCUCUGUGUGCUGA